UCCUCACCAUUUGUCUGGCUUCUGCUCGCCCAUGGGGGAUUGUCACCGCUCCGCUCUCCUGAGCCCUGGCAGGAAACAAGGGACGCAACAGGGUCGGCGACUAGAUGGGUGCAGGGUUACAAGGGUGCUGAGCACAAUCCCAGCCUGGCCUGGGGGAGACUUCCCUCCCGAUGCCCCGUGCAGCCUCUUGCCCUGCCCUUGAUCCUGUGAUGCAGGCCCGUCCCUCGUUGUCUGGGGCAGAAGCAGCCGGGUGCUGAGAUCCGUAGAGCUUGAACCCCCCGUGGAGGUGAAUGGAGGCAGCUGGGGGUCCGAGGAUGCCAGCUUCCCACAGAGCCCAGGCAUCCCAGCGACACCCUCCAGAGUUGAGCAGGGGCCGGUCUCCAGCACUGAUUUCCAGAGGCAGCCCCGGACAUCUGGGCAUCCAGCAAGAUCGUGUCGAACCCAGUGUCCCCUGUGUGCCCCAGCCCCUCUCUGCACCCUCGCUGCUCAGGAUCAGGCUGCAUGCCAACUGGGAAUGCUUCACCCCCUCCAGCCUGCUGUGGGAAACUGGAUGAACCAGGCCCCUCUCUGCCCAGCGGGACCGGUUCACGCGGUGGGCAGCCUCGUGUGCUCCGAUGCUGCCCCCCCGUGGCAUCUUGGAGACUCGGAGCCAAGCUGGGAGUUUGGUCUCUCUCUCGCUCGCUCUAGGUUUCAUAUCCAAACAGGACAUGGCAGCUGGCAGAGCCUUUUGGCAGGUAGGGAGUGGAGGUGUGGGGAGGUGAGGUGACUUGACCAGGAGCAUGCAGGGGAUCAGUGGCAGAGGCAUGUUUCUCCUGAGUCCAAGGCUGCUGCUGUGACUACAGGACAGUCCCUGCCUGUGGCAGGGGGCUGGCUUGGAGCCCUUGUUUGUGCUGCUGUGAUGGAUGAAAUGAGCCCACGCUGAGGUUUAUCUCCUGCCUGUGUUUUACAUCCAGUAGAUCAGGUAGGACAAGACCAGUCCGUGGUGGUGCCGGAGCAAUGCGGCCGUGGUGGGCUAGGAACGCACUAGAGGCAGGGGGGUUUAGUGGGCCAUCUCUCCUUUUGCACCCGCUGCGUGGUCAGGAUGAGGCCCUGUCCUGAGGGGGCUCGAAGCCUCCCCGGUCCCCUGCCUGCCCGCUCCCCUAGGGCUGGGGCUGCGAAGCCCUGGGAAGGGGAGUGCAGGUCUGCAGGCAUCGCUGAUCCGUGCUGCUCUCUGCUGGGCUGCGGAGCCACUACAGCACUGACAGCCCGCGUGCUCCUUGCUGGGAGCAGGGCCCUGGGGAAGAAAGACCCCUUGGGAGGGACAGCAGGCCUAAGUGGUGUGAAGGGCAGGUGGCGCAGUGGUUAGAGCACUGGGGUCAAGGCCUUUCUCUGCCACAGACUUCCUGGGUGGCCUUGGGCAGGUCCCUUAGGGCUGGCUGUGCAGAGAAGCUCAAAAUUUUCCACUGGGUGUGCAGUGCUGAAGCACCUUGGGCUGUGGCCACCCCAUGCCUCAGUUUCCCCCCUGUGCAUAGGGAUAGCAGGGCUUCACUCCUUCCUGGGGUUGGGUCCUUGGCGUGGCCUGCAUCAGACCCGCAAGUUCACACUUGGCACAAAUACACGCUGAAGCAUGGACACUUCUGGCUGGUCCUGACCACCCGGGGUGGGUCUCAUGCCUGCGGCUCUCCAGGCUCCUCUGUGCUUGGACUUCUGCAGCUUGGAGUCCAGUUCAGUCCCAGGAUAAAAGAGCCUGAUGCUGGGCUGGGGGUGCGCAUGCAGGGCGCUGACCUGGUGCAAGAUGGCUUCCUGCGGGUACAGCCGUGCCCACCCCAAGGGCUGGGCUGGAUACAACACUAGGAGGGGUUAUUGCACCUUCCCCCGUGUGCCGGCCCCGCUGGUGUGUGCCGCAGGCCCCGCGGAGAGCGCACAGGGCCGUCUGUCGGUGGGGUGACCCCAGACUUGGGCCUGUCUGCUGCUCCCCGACCGGGGCAGGGAGCGGUGACCUCACGGCGAGCGGCACAGUGAUGACGUGAGCGAGGAAGAGGCUUCUCUGGGGUUAGAACAGUGAUGUCACAAUGCGGGCAGCCGGCCUGGCGCCAGGAAGCCGGGGCACCGCAGCAGAGCGGAGAUGUCUACCCGGCUGGGGACCACCCUGCAGCCGGACUCCCAGCUGCCCAAGGGGAGGAAGGUGAAGAAAGCAGAGAUGAUGAUCAACUGGCGAGACAUCAUGCGCACCCAGGAUGACGGGGACAUGGAGGAGUAUGUCUCCAAGGUGUGCACGGGCCAAUUCCUGAACCACUGGGCCUUCAAGCUGAUGCUGGCCGGGCUCAUCGUGAGCAACGUCCUCACCAUCGCCAGCCAGACCGACCCCAAGAUCCAGCAGAACUACUUUGGGUUGUUCUCUGCCAUAGAUAACAUUGUCCUGACUGUCCUUAUCACCGAGGUUCUGCUCAACUGGUACAAAGGAUUUUGGGUGUACUGGAAGGAUGGCUGGAACAUCGCUGACUUCCUCAUCGUGCUGUAUCUCGUCGUGGGGCCGGCUAUCCCUCUGCUGAACGACCAAACGGUCUUUAAAAUUCUCCGGGUGGUGAGGCUGGUGCAUGUCUGCACGCUGGUCAAAGGCCUGGCCCGGAUGAUCCGAGUGAUCCUGCGCUCCAUCCCAGACAUGUUCAACAUCAUGGUCCUGCUCUUUGUCAUCAUGCUGGUUUUCUCGGUGUUUGGGGUGAUGCUGUUUGGCAACCUGGUCCCAGAGCACUUCGGGAACCUGGGGAAGGCCUUGUACUCCCUCUUCAUCUGCCUCACGCAGGACGGGUGGAUGAACAUCUAUGAGGACUUCAAGAGCGCAGGGCUGACCUUGAAAGUUGGGGGCACCGUCUACUUCUUCAUCUUCCUCACGGGUGGAGCCUUCAUCUGCACCAACCUGCUGGUGGCUGUUGUGUCUUCGAACCUGGAGCAGAUGCUGGAGGCCUACACCAAGAAGAAAGCCAGAGGCCUCAACCUGGCCAUGGACUCGAGCUUGGAGGCAAAUGGAGGGGACGACAACGUGUCCCCAGAUGUGAACCUAGUGCAUAUGAGAGUGGCCGUGAAGGAUCCUGUCGUGAUGCAGAACCAGGAGCCGUGGACCCAUGGCAACUUGGCUAACCUGACCGAAGCCACCUGUGAUGAUUUCUCCCUUGUCCUCGAAGCCAUCCAGGAGAACCUGAAACAGUACAAAGAGAUCCGGGAUGAGCUGGAUGCAAUAGUCCAGGAAAUGAGGUCCCUCAGAUUCAACCAAGAGCAGGAGCACGAGAUGGUGCUACGAAACAUCCAGAAUGCAAACCUCUCGGAUGAUCUGCUUGGCAACGAGUUGGUUUCUGGGCAGACUGGGGAUAUCUUGUCCACGCUGAUCACUCUGGAUAGGGCCAAGAUGAUUGACUCGGAGCAUGGUGUAGGAUCAAGACAUCACGUAGGGUCCGUGAAGAAGGCCUUCCUGAAGGCACGUCAUCAGUCGCAACCAGUACCAUAGCCAGGCUGGAGAAGAGCUGCAGAGCUGCUCGCAUGAAUCUCUCCUGGAUUCUCCGACUUCCCCGGGACGAUGGAUGGGCUCUGACAAGGUGGCAUGGCUGCCCCUGGGACAGUGAAGUGUGGAUGUGGGUAGCAGGGCUGAGCUGCACGGUGUAGGUACAGGGAGAUACGGACUUUCCCAGGGACAGACCCAGGAGAAGCAGGAGGCUGGGCCUGAUGCUAGCUCUGUCCCGCUUGUCGGGCCCAUUCGGGUGGCUCUGAUGUGGUGUGGGCUGUCUCGUGGAGGGAGCUCCCCAUGGCUUGCACCUCCAAAGCUCUGUUUGGGGGAGGAGAGAGGUGCCCCUUUCCAGAGGAUGCCUUGCAGUCAGCCACUAGCUCGCACCCUUCUUUCCCAUAUGUCUGGCUGCUGGAGAGCUUGCAUGUGUGCAGGUAGAAACGGAGCCCUCCUAGGCAUAAAAGCAGGGGGCAGGCACAGCUAGAGCAAUCAUGUAGGCAUGCUUUACAAUGAACAGUGUCAGGUGAGGUGCUGGUAGGGUGUAUUGGAGAGUAAGACUCGUCAAGAAAUACGUAUCUUGUGUGAAAUGACAGUGAUUCACAGGGGGUGGGGUGGGGGAAAUAUGGCAUUGCUGCAAGUUCUUACUGGGACAGCUUGCAGCAAUUAAGUGGGGUGGAUAGGGCAGCCCACUUAAUUGAACUGAUGAUUGAACUGAUCUUAUAGCAAUGGUAAUAAAGAGCAUGGGACUGUG